AUGCUGCUCAUUCACAUCCACGUUCUUUCCCGCACCGUCUUUCUCGUCGUCGUCGCUGCCGUCAAUAACACUCUCCUUUUUGCCACCCUCUGCCACAUCCGCAAUCUUCUCCUCGGCAUGACCAUCUCCACUCUCCGCAAAAUCUUUCUGGCAGCUGUUCCGUUCGGCUGCGUCUUGAGAUGUUCUUCUUCCCGACAGCGCAAGACCCAUCUUAAGCAGACUGCAAAGCAAACAUGUCAGGACCAAAGCUCAUUAUACAGAAACCGAGCAGAGCAAUCCAUAGAAUCUCAACAAAGAAUACGCAUCAUCACGCAUGCCAUGGCCGCGAGAAUCAAGUCGUGCUAG